ACAUUGCUUCUUUGUUAGCCUUUCUGUAUAUUACCUUUACUCUCACCACCUUUUCAGAACCCUUUACCUUAUCUAAUUCCAUCAAGCUUCAGAUUCUUUCUCCAUUAUACCUAGAGAGAAAAAAGAAAUGGAAGGCAAAGAAGAGGAUGUUAGGCUGGGAGCAAACAAGUUCUCAGAAAGGCAACCUAUAGGGACAACAGCACAGACAGACAAGGACUACAAUGAGCCACCACCAGCUCCACUUUUCGAACAUGGUGAGCUCUACUCAUGGUCUUUUUGGAGAGCUGGGAUUGCUGAGUUUGUGGCAACUUUCUUGUUCCUUUACAUCACCGUCUUGACCGUCAUGGGUGUUAAUAGGGCACCUUCUAAGUGUGCCAGUGUUGGUAUCCAAGGCAUUGCUUGGGCCUUCGGUGGCAUGAUCUUUGCCCUUGUUUACUGCACCGCUGGUAUCUCAGGUGGACACAUAAACCCAGCUGUGACAUUUGGUCUGUUAUUGGCAAGGAAGCUUUCUCUGACCAGAGCCAUCUUUUACAUGGUAAUGCAAUGCCUGGGCGCAAUAUGUGGUGCUGGGGUGGUGAAAGGAUUCCAGCCAUCAAGAUAUGAGGUGUUGGGUGGUGGAGCCAAUGUUGUGAACCAUGGAUACACCAAAGGGGACGGCCUUGGAGCUGAGAUUGUUGGUACAUUUGUUCUCGUUUACACUGUUUUCUCAGCAACCGACGCCAAGAGAAAUGCCAGAGACUCUCAUGUCCCUAUAUUGGCCCCAUUGCCAAUUGGGUUUGCAGUGUUCUUGGUUCAUUUGGCAACCAUCCCCAUCACAGGAACAGGCAUUAACCCUGCCAGGAGCCUUGGAGCAGCCAUCAUCUACAAUAGGGACCAUGCUUGGAAUGACCAUUGGAUCUUUUGGGUUGGACCAUUCAUUGGGGCUGCACUUGCUGCGCUUUAUCACCAAAUAGUCAUUCGAGCCAUCCCGUUCAAGAGUAGAGCAUGAAAUCUGGGUUUUGUUCUUUAUCUACUACUUUGUGUGUAAAGUGAUCUUAUUUCCGUACUAAAAACUUUCCGCUGCAAGAGCGUAAUAGGUUACUUGCUAAGAACUUAAAAGAAUAUUAUAAUAAAAUAUUUGUAUCUUCAUUA